UGAAAGCUCAGAAAUCAGAUCAUGGCCGAUAUUUCUAUACCCAUUGAAUUCCAAAAAAUUUGGUACACACGAACUGGAAGAAUAUGCUGUUCCGAUCGGACUGAGCCAUGGGAUCCCCAUUUCAAUGGAGUUCAUCUCUUCACACUGCUCCAAUCAAGCUCAAAUCUCCCAUUUUCCCAUCCUCCCCAUCCAAUUUCAUCUUCUAUUACUGCCAACGAUCUCCUGUGAAGGAUUCCUCAAAUCGUCGUUGCGCUGUUUGUGCUCAAAACUCCAAUUCCCCGCGGCCCAAGAAUUCGAAAUCGGUCCUUCUUGGCGAUUGCCAAGGGAAUGAGCUUGUUCGGGUCUCUUCUACUCCGGUUCGACGGCCUAACAGUGUAAUUUUCUCUCUGGUGUCUUUAUUUGAUAAGCGUUCUCUUUGGCGAAGGAUCUUUUUUGCCUCGAAGAAAGUUAGGAGUAUCAUUUUGCUCAACGUCGUCACAAUUGUUUAUGCUAGCAGCAUUCCAGUUGUGAAAGAGGUUGAAGAAUUAGUGGAUCCAGCAACCUUCAAUGUUGUGCGGUUUGCUAUGACUGCUGUUCCAUUUGUUCCACUUGCAUUGUAUAAAUGGGAUGAUGCCGAGAUCCGUGAUGCUGGAAUAGAAUUAGGUUUCUGGGUUAGUUUAGGGUACCUGAUGCAAGCAUUUGGACUUAUAACAUCUGAUGCUGGGCGAGCAUCCUUCAUAUCAAUGCUCACGGUGCUUGUAGUUCCUUUACUUGAUGGACUUUUAGGGGCUGUAGUUCCUGCUCGUACCUGGUUUGGAGCUCUCAUGUCAGUCAUUGGAGUUGCAAUGCUUGAAUCCAGUGGAUCCCCUCCUUGUGUGGGAGAUCUUUUGAACUUCUUGAGUGCAAUAUUUUUUGGUGUGCAUAUGCUAAGAACAGAGCAUAUUUCACGACGUAUAGAUAAGAAUAAGUUCUUGCCACUCCUUGCAUAUGAGGUUUGUGUUGUUUCUAUUCUAUCGAUGCUGUGGUAUUUUAUUUGGAGAUGGAUUGAUGGAGCGGAAACAAUUAUUGAGUCAUGGAAUUGGAAAACAUAUUUAGAUUGGGUGUUCAUGUUUCCUUGGGUACCUGCUCUGUACACAGGCUUAUUGUCCACUGGUUUUUGCCUAUGGCUAGAGAUGGCUGCCAUGUGCGAUGUAUCUGCCACGGAAACUGCCAUUAUUUACAGCUUGGAGCCAGUCUGGGGUGGUAGUUUUGCCUGGAUCCUUCUUGGUGAAAGGUGGGGAUUGACUGGCUGGAUUGGUGCUGCCCUGGUGCUAGCUGGAAGCAUAACAGUGCAGAUAUUUGCAUCAUCUGCAACAAAAUCUUGCAAAGAUGAAAGAAGCAAAAGCAGGGAAGUCCAUGGCCUUUUGGGUUCGGGUGAUGAUCGGAAUUUGUCGACCUCCCCAAUCGUUAUAACGAGAGUCAAGAAUAUUGUAGAUCAUUUGAAGAAGUAAGGCAUAUUAUUUAGGGUAAGUUAUAAGUUUAGUGUUUCUAGGAGGUCCCCCAACUUUUAAGUAAUGUCUAAUAAGUUUCUAAACUCUCAAUGUUGCGUCGUAUAGGACUCUAAACUUUUAAAAAGUGUCUAAUAGGUCUAUGAAUUUUCAAUGUUGUAAUCGAAUAGAUCUUAGAUCUAUUAUAAUCUCUAUAAAGUUGAACGACAUAUUAGACACAAAAUUAAAAGCUUAAAAAUUUGUUGGACACAAAAUUGAAAUGUUAGAGAUUAUUACAAUAUUUUUUAAAGUUGGGGGAUCUAUUAGAUAGUCUCGAAGAUUCAAGGACCAAACAUCUAAUUUCUGUAAUAUAUUUACACAAAUAGAUAUAGGUAUAAACAAUAAUUAGAGCUAUACCUAUGAAUAUGUAGAUGUAUGAUGUAUAUAUCAAAGAAGUGAAGUUACUAACAAGAUAUUACAGUAGCUUUAUCCAAGUUCCUGA